AUGACAGAAAAUAUACCAUCUUCACUGCUGCUAGCGAUUCCUGCAACAACUGUUACAGAUCUGAUACUGGGAACUGAGCUUGAUCUCAAGAAAAACGAGCGUUUUCAUUUGUUUCCUAAGGACCGAAUAGAGGCGCUAACAAGUACAGGAGCCCUUGUAGGUGUCAUGAUUGGAUUUUAUGAAGGCGUAAAGAAAUCUGCUGCAAGAUAUUUGGUUGAAAAUGCUCAUAGACUUCCAACGACAAAAGGUGGAUGGUAUUUUUAUCACAAGAGAAAAAAUUAUGAAAUGAUCGUUGGCGGCAUGUCUAGUGGUAUCAAGACUGGUGUUACGUUUGGAGGGUUUCUUGCCGCAUUGUCUCUUUUGGAGUAUUCCUUAGACUUUGCUAGGGGCCAAAUUGAUUUUAUAAAUACAACAGUAUCGUGUUUUAUUGGAACAGGUCUAUAUACGAGGUAUAAACAACUCAAUAUUAUACCAGCGAGAAAAAUGGUUAUUAGAGGUACAAUUGCUGGACUAUUAUUGGGAUUGGUGGAAGAUGCAAUGAUCAAUGCAAGGUCUGGGAAAGUUUGGUACAUCGAAGAAUUGAAGAAGAGAUUCAGAUAA